AUGUCGCAGUCCGAGUCUUCCUCCUCUGAAACAUCAUCUUCCUCAGAGGAAGAAGAAAUUGCCAAACCAGUGUUUAUCCUGAAAAAACAACAAGAAAAACAAAACCAGAAUGCUACAAAUUCAUCGCGCCAAGUCUUGCUCUCCCAAUUGGAACUGAAGGACGCAAAAGAGGACACUGAUGAAAAAUUUGAAGUUGAUGAUACCGAUGACUUGGACCCUCAUUUGGAGUACGAAAACUGGAAGGAACGUGAAAAGUUACGCUUUCUUCGUGAUCAACAAAUUAUACGGGAGGCCGAGUUGGAAAAAGAGCGAAAAGAAAAAUAG